GCUUUGAUCGCAGAAAAUGGAGUCUCGGGAGAAGAAAAAAUUGGCAGUUGUGGCUGGAAAGAGAAUGUCUGAAGAGAGUGACUCGGCAGAUGCCUCCAUGGAAGACCUAUGUCGGAAAAAAUUCAAACCAAUCGCACCUAAACCUGUUAUUAGAAAAGAUCAGCAUCAGGCAGUGUUAUCAACAGCACAUCCUGUGAAAAAUGAUUCAACACAGAGAAAAGAACAGGUGGUGUUUCCAUCUCCCAAGUUUGAUCCCAGCAGUGCAUUCGUUAUGAGACCAGGAAACUCCUUCCCAUUCAUGUGUGGUGGACCCAUGAUCAUGCCGAUUCCAGUGCCAGUUGUCCCUGGCAAAGACGGUUCCUACGUCCCCCUGCAGGUUCCAGUUCCAAUUCCGGUUAUGGUGCCUGUUGUUGUAAGUCUCAAUCAAGCUGCUUCUCCAAGUGCCUUGAACACAGUCGCAGUAUCUUCAGAUUCCACCCAUAAUGCUCCAUGUGGUGAAAAGGAAAGUCCCGGUGGCAGCAAGAAGGACAAAAAUAAUAAGAAGGUGGCUUCGUCAAAGCAAGACAAAACCUCUUGCUCAGGAGACAGUUCAGACAGUAAAGGAGCCAAAGCUAAGCCAUGUCGGUACAAGUACAGCAUGAUAAAAAAUGAAUCUUUAUUCAGGGAUAUUCUUCGUGGUGUUGGAGGGGAUUUCAUGGCAAACCAUGGCAUAUCUCUUGCAGUAUCAUCCAGUGAUGCCAUUGAUGUUAAUAGCAUAUCAAAAGGAAUGGUUGCAACAUUGGGUCAGAAUAAGAAAAACUCUGAGAGCAUUAAUGAUGAGGCACCAGAGUGUAGUCAGAGGCAAUCCAAAGUCCACAAAGAUGCAGACGGUGAUGACUCGAAUCUAUCACUUAAAGAUAUAAAUGAAUGUCAUGAUGGAAGUUCCAAAAGCACUGGAGAUGUGACGGAUACUGUAGUAUCAAGUAAACCUCAGUCUUCACUUUCCACAACUACCGGUAAUCAAGGAUCAGUGGUGACAGUACCAGGAAAUGUUUGUGUGAACAACGGCCCAUCAACAUAUCCAUGUUACACUAACUCAUCAAAAGAAACAACAAAAAACUCAACUGUGUCUGCUUCUCAGGCAAAUUCAAACCAAAGAUCGCUUGGAAAUCAGUUAGGGCAAAGUGUGCCGCAUGAAAGUAAUCGUAAUAAUUUUCAGAGUACUUCCACUGUAGAAAUGAGUCAAUCAGUGCAGCCUUCUGGAACAGCUCUUAGCAAUAAACCAUCAAGUGUGCGUGCUACCACUGCUUCAUGUCCUUUGAGUGUUCCUGAAUCAUCUGUCCAUACAUUUUCUUACUACAAUACAUCUUGUCAUAACAGUGUGCCUUCCAACCUGACAAAUUCUAAUACCCUUGUUUCCACACUAUCCAGCUCUGUAGUUCCCAAUAACAAUUUGCGGGGAUUACGUCCACAAUGUCCCCCAACAAGUUCCACCAUCGUCAGUGCUUCUCACAAUCCCCAUUGGAAUUAUGCUCAAGGAAAUUCACAAAAUAUGAUGAGAAAUGAACCCCCAAACAGGAACGUGCUGAGACCCUUUCAUAAUUUAGCACAGAGGAUUGCAGCAGUACAAAAUUCUGAGCAUGAUCACCCCGAUGAAUCUAAUUUUUAUGGUAUUGAUGAGCUUCAUUCCUUCGGUGUAGAGAUGGACCAGUCUGCAGGAAGCUUACUCAGUUCUUCCGAUGACAGUGUCAGUGGUGUUCUUGGCAUGGCAGAUGUUGCUGCUUCUGUGCCUGGAACUCUGACAGAUAGCCCAACAAGGAGAGCUGUCACAGCUAUUGUUACACCACUACCUCGCAGUGUUCCCCUUGCAACCAGCACAACUGGCAGUACUUCUGUGUCUCAUAUGUCCGAAAAUGUUCCAAAUGCAUCCCAAUCAGGAUCUCAAAGUUGUGAUGUUCCACUUGGGCAAAUGCGACCAUCUUCUGACCAAGGUAAUAUUGAUAGCAAUACCCCAGGAUCCAGUCAAAGUAACAAGUUUCUUCAAGCAAUUUCAUCUUCCACUCAAUCAACACAUCAGUGGAGUUCUCCAAGUAACGAUGGUGCGAGAAGACUACCUAAUGCUGAACUAUCUGCAAUGCGUAAUCACUACCCACAACCAACAACUUCCGGUAGUCAGGCAAACGGAAUUAUGAAUGCCACAUCUUCUGUCGGUCAGCAAAGGAAUAUGCAUAUGGAAGGGUUGCAAAGUCGAACAUGUCCAACAGUAACGUCUUCUGGUCUCUUGUCAAACGAGCAUGUUCCUAAUGCACAAACCUGUGUUGAGAACUCACCGUCUACAACCCAAACACCAGCAGCAUAUUCUGCUGUUUCUCAGAGUGCUACAUUAAAUAAAAGAUCACAGUCAUCCAUGUCUACAAAUUAUAGUAUGCCAAACAUGAGUACACAUCAAACCCAUGCAUCAAGGCCAAGUUUUGAUAAUGCUAAUAGGAAUAGUUCAGGAAAUGCACCUUCAUAUAGAAAUAGGAAUGAUAUGCCAAACCCCCAACAGAUGCCAAAUCCUCUAAUAGCAGGAAAUUCCACCAGUGGCUAUCCAAUACAAAGCCACACCAAGCAAAGUUCAUACGCAGUUGGUGUAAAUUCCAAAGAGAAAUCUCCAAACAAAACAGGAGGCAACAGGCAAGCCGAUCCUCGGCAAAGUCAAGUACAUAAUUCUGUUCCAUCUUCAUCUCGUAUGGUUCAUCAGUCUCAACCUUCCAUUUUGCCUGGUGUUGCCACCAGCCAGCCCGGGUUAUCAGGUUUCAAUAGUGGGAAUUUCUAUAAUGCAAGUAGAAGCCAGGCACCUAUUACAACUCGUUCAGUCUCUGAUUCAAGAGGAAUGACAGUGACAUCUUCUGUGACUGGUCCUUCCAUGAGCAAUGUAUGGCAGCCUUCCUGGUCUGGUAAUGUCCCACCCAGUCAGAGUCAUCCUUUUACUGGUGAUGGGAGUCGACAUCAGCAACCAGUAUCUGCUGCUCAUGCUACUUGUCCUGAUCAAACAGCAGCACAAGCAAGACAUGUAAGCACGACGACUGUCACUGCAACUACCUCGGUACAAUCUGUUCCAUUGCAGAGCAAUGUUCAGACAAGAUCAAGCUUGAUUGAAACUGUGCCACCACCUGAUAAUCAGUCUAGAAAUCAUAUGGGUAUGUCGGACACUAGAGGGAGUUCUUCUAAUCAAAUGCACUUACCUGGUUCAGUACAAACUCCUAUGUUUUCAGGGAACAAUCAGAGACAGUCACUUCCGCAUCCUGUCUCUUCAGGAAGUUUCAAUGUCCCUUGUACAGAAUCAGGACCAAGAAUGCCCUAUCCACUAGUUCCUCCCAUCAUGUUUGGAAAUUCAACACCUCGGGGUAUUCCUAUGGGAAGUCCUAUGGGAGGAAUCCGUGGUGUACCACUCCCAGGAAGCUUUCCAGCAACUAGCAUUUCAGAACAGAAUGUUCAACCACCUCAGGUUAUGUCAUCGUCGCCAUCUGCCAUACAUCAUACCCUGUCUCCUGCUAUGCAUGAACGCCAUCGGAUGUACUUGCCUUCGCAUUUCAAUACUCUUCACAGGCCUCUCUACAUGCCACCAAGUCCUGCACCAAGUACAGAUCUUCCCUUGCUUUCUCCCCACUCAUGUGGCCAACUACAUGUCCAUGACAGUGUACUGUACAGUCCCAGAUAUCCAUCUUCCAUUCAUAGUUUGUCUCCAGGAGUCAACACCAGUUUCCAUGCUUCUACUUUGCAUCGGACCUAUUCAUCCUCCGAACAUCAAGAGAAUUUUGCCAGAAAUAGCAUCAGCCAUCCUGCACCUCAUUAUGAUAGCCCUAUGCCAUUGCGAAUGACACAUCUUGGACAGAGUUCGAUGGGUGUGGCAAAUGCAGUGAGCUCUCAAUCAGGUCAGGUACCACCAUCGAUAACCUCCUUGCAACAUAGUAGCAUUGUAGCCAAUAGGGAGCAAAAUUCACUUUUUGAACAGAAUCUGAAGAGACUCCUUGAGCGAAGUGCUAGAAGACACAGCAUGGCUUUGGCCAGCUCACAUGGAUAUCCAAGAUCAUUGUCAUGUGACCAUACAUUUCCCCCUAGACCAAUGAGCACCUUUUCUUCACUUUCAUCGUUUCCCCCUCCACAUUCUUCAUCCAGUGUACCCUUCAGUGCUCCAUCCACAAUGCCUUCAACUCCAUCAAUCCAACCAAAGACAAGGUUACCAUCACAACCACUGCCAAGCAGGCAUGCAACAACCACAGCGUCACCAGGAACCGGUACAGCAACUGUCACUACAGUGUCAACAACUCUUACACCGACAACAUCCUCAAUUGUGACAAGUAGAGCUAUUCUUGGUAACACAAGUGAUAAGUACCUCCCUCUUGAGUUGCUCAGUCCAGAUUCUGCAAACGCUCAACCAGCAACACCUGCCACAACCCCCUCGGUACCUUCCCCGCAGGUUGCCGUUGACCUCGUUGUGAAAUGUGGAGACACUGUUUUGCAGUGUAGUCGCCAGGUUCUUCGAGAGUCUGGUCGGACUGUUCUUUGCUGCUGGCAUUGUGACUACCACACUGCUGAGCCACGUAAGAUGAAAAGACAUCAAAAGAAAGAAAACGAACCUCUUAAAUGUCAGCUCUGCAGUUACCAGAGUGGCUCUCGAUGUAGUGUUAACCAGCAUUACAAACAGGAACAUAUGGACAAGGAUGAUCCUUUUCGUACUAUUAGUCAUUAAGAAUUUUAUAUUUGCAUGCCAUGGAUGGAAGCUUUGUGGAAAGUCUGACUAUCUAAUGUAAUUUAUGCACCCAGUUGUGAAUUUUCAGGAUUUGGGGAAAAUUACUGCUGAUCUCCUUCGGACAUACUCUCCUGUACCUUACCGUGGGUCAAAUUUUCAUAUAUUUUGUUUACUUAAUAUUGGGUAUUCAAUAUUUUAUUCGUACACACAGAAAUACUUGCUUGCCCUUUCUGAUGAAGAAUUAUUUUUUACUGCUUGUAAAAUAUCCCACAAAAUACCUUUUAUACUUUAAGGAUAAAAUUGGACCUUUGAAAAGUCAGAAGUUGAUUUGAAUGAAUAGAAAAAAUCAAACAAACAUCACACUGAAAAUUUCAUCAGAUGGGACGGAAUCUAGGAAAGUUAUUCCAGUUCAAAAGUUUGCUUGUUUUACAAAUGAGUUAUAUGCACAACUUUGGGAUAUGCAAAUGAGUCAAUCAUGUGAUAUCACAUCCUCACUGUUUCCUCUGUAUUUUAUUAUAUGAAAUAUUUCAUAUGAUAAAUAGUGAGUGUGUGACAUUGGUUCUCUCAUUUACAUGUUACCUGUGUUGUGCAUAUAACUUUUUUUGGGGAGAAAUUUGAUCAGAACUUCAUAGCACCAUAACUGUCUUUCAUAUUUUACAUCCAAUCUUGAUUUACAUCCAAUCUUGAUUUACAUUCAAUCUUGAUUGGAUGUGAGCUUUUUGCUUGUCUAAUUUUUCUGUUUAAUUCAAAUCAGCCUGUUCUUUUGAGUGGACUUGUCCUUUUAGAGUCUGAAAUGUGACAGUAAACAUAUUUUGUUGAAAGCAAACUUUUUGUCGAAAACCAUUUUGGUCACCCUAAUUUUAAUGGUAUUCUGAAAGUUAUAUAUUGUUGAUUUUUCAUUGAUGAAAUUUAAAAACUUGAGUUUCUCUGUCACAAGAGUCAUUUUUUUUGUUGGGGUCUACUCCGCACAUCCCUAUCAAAUAGUCUAAACUAUGUGCCCCCAGCUAUUAUGCAGUAAUUGUCCCAAUAUUGUUCCAAUAAAAGUAACUUUUACAUGACUGGCAAAAAGGACUUCAAAAUCUGCAGGAUGUGCAUUACAGGUGUAACUAUAAAGUGUACAUAUAAAGUUAUAUGAUGUAAAAAGGUAUUAUUUCAAAUAUGAAAAGGUUUCUAAAUCAUCACCAUGUACAACCGAUCUUGCACAAACUAACUUUAAGAAUUGUGUAUUCACAUUUUGUACUUUUACCUGCAGUACUUAACAUAUGUAAUUAAGUAGUAUGUGAUAUGCAUUGAUGACUGUGAAAACUAGUUUAAGUUUUCUUUUUUAUAGUUUAUUUUAUAUACAGCUAUAAUAAGAUAUGUUGACAUGAAACACUGAAUGUCUAUAAAUAAUUCAAUUUCAAUCAAAGGACAAUUUGAGGGGGGGGUACACUAUAUUGACUUAUCACAUGAUAUUAACCGAGGUGACAUCGGUGAGUUCUGAAAAGUUUGCUUUAAAUGCAGAUUAAUCAAAGUACUGGUACUCAUAAACUCAAUGACCCGUAUUCUAAACUCGGGUUUAACUAGACCGUGGUCUCACUCUGGGCCAAAAUUAUGGGAAGCCAAACAUGUCAAAAUUUGUUCAUAUGCUAUGUUUCUUAUGUUUACUGUGCUCUCCUAGUUUUUUAAUGGUGAAGACAAUUAUCUUAUUUAUCCUUCUCAGACUGACAGGAAUGAUUUGAGAGUCAAAUGAGCUGAUACUAUGAACCUCUACUGUUAGAGAAUAUGUCACAAUUUGCUAUCCAUAGUUAAACCACAUUUUUAGACCACAGUUUGAAUUGAACCCAACUUCAGAAUACGGGCCAUUAUCUUCAGCUCUGAGCCAUCAAGAGAUUCAUUGAUUCAUAUCAAUUUCAACUGGGAAUUCUGAGGAAAAGGUGUCGAUCAUCAUUCUCAAUAUGAGAUUCAUUCGUAUAUCAAUCUCAGUUGUGUACUCUUAAUUCUGAAGAAGUAGUUGCAAUCAUUCUCAAUUUGAUAAUAUUGACUUGUGGGGACGAAGUUCCAAUCAUUCUGAAUUUGAAUCAAUCACAACUUCUUUAAUUGACUUGUCAGCUCAGUACCCACAAUAAAUCUACCAAAAUGACUUUUGAGUUACUUUUGUAUACAGUUUGAAGAAACUGAUGGUAAACUUUUGGAAAGUGAUAAGUAGCCUGUUAAAAUUGAUCAAAAGUAACCCAAGGAAUGCUGAUUUAUUUUUGAAGAAUUUGGCUAGGAUUCACUGAGUAAGGCGGGGGCAGCGGAAACGGGCGGUUUGAGGGAAGGGGGCUGGAUUGGCUUCAGCACCCCUACUUUCUUUCCCAAAAAAAAUGUACAAAAACGUAUAAAUGAUCAUCUGAUCGUGAUUUUUGGCAUGGUCAGCCCCCCCCCCCCAAUUUUCAAAACCGUUCGUAGGCCCCUGGUUGGCUUAUACCUUCAGGGUUCUUUCUCUUUUCGUUGCUUUUUUUUCUUCAAUUUUUUCUUCCAAAACCGUAAAAAUGACAAUCUAAUUGUGAUUUUUUUUUGCACGAUCAGACUCCACCCCCACUCCCACUUUCAAAACCUGUUCCGAGGCCCCUGGUUGGUAAUUCAGGGUUCUUUUACUCUAGAUUGUUUUUUUUUUCAAUUUCAUCUGUACUUAGAUAUGCUUUAUAUGUAUAAUGGUUUAUUUCUUCCUUGUUCAUGUAUUGAUGUAAAGUUCAUAUCCCCACAUUCUGCUAUAUCAAUGCACAUGAUAUGUAUAGGUUAGUAUUCAUGAGUAUACUAUGGUUUGAUUAUUUUGUGAACAUUUUGAUUUUUGUGCAAGUUACGAUAUUUAUGUUUAUAUUGUCUGAACUAUCUAAGGUUUUUAUUGAGUUAUGUGGGCCGUGUAGGGGUAAUAAUACAUGGUAUCUCCCCAAAGUAAAACCAGCCAAUCUUUGAAUCGGACAUUUGGGGUGGUUUUCAUGAAAGGAUUUGUCAGACAUUUUAUCUGACAAGUUCUGUUUUAUCCUACAGUUACCAUAGUAACUGUAUGAUGAGCUGUUGUUUCAUCCCCCCACUUGAAUAGUAUGACGUCAUGUGCAGGUAACUCUGCCUAAGUCAAAUAUUUUGGGGCCACAGAAAUCGGAUCGAUUUAGGAGAAAUUGGACUUAGAAGAGGUAGAUAACACUUGUUUUGAUUAAUCUGUUCUAAAAUAUUGCUUCGACUUGGGCGAUUAUUCGACUUAUAGAAGGUCAACUUAUAGUUCUCUGUAUUUACACCCAUGGGCAGUAAAUUCAUGUUUGUUAUUUUAAUUGGCCCAUUGUUUAUGCAAAUAUGAAUUUACAUAAACAGACAUAAGUUCAUUAAUGCUGUAACCCUUUAACAACUGUAAAUGUAACUCUCUGAGACAGAAAGCAUGCAUUCAUUAUUAGACGCUUUCUCAAUAAAAAGCGCAAUUUUUGGAGUGAAGUCUGCAUAAAUCAUGGUUUCAAUCCACAGAUUGAUGGCUAAGCGCAUGAAUUUGGAAAAAAAAGUUUAAAGACUUUCACAAAAGAUGGCGAUAUACGAAAUAUCUAAUGAACAGAAAGCAUGAAAUGUGUAUUUUUACUGUAUUAUUUUAAGGUAGUUCCAACGUUUCUGUGCUAUUCAUACUAUUUUCAUGUGUACAUGAGUUAUGAUCUCAAUGGCAAUCAAAUGUUUGGGAAAAUGGUCAGGAUUCAUAAAAUGUUAUCUUUUUUCGGGAAUACAAGGGCGAAUCUGUGGUGGAGCUAUUCUUUGUAGAAUUUCUUUCUUAGUUGACUUACCCAUCAUGUUGAAAUUUCUCAAUACUUUGUACAACUUUGUUGUGAUAUGUUGUAUUUUAUACACAGUUUAUUUAUUUUGUCAUGUUGCACCUGUAUUUUAAAUAAUAGGUUUCUUGGUAAUGAGUAUACUAUGUAUAAUUAAAGACUCAGACCGGAGCUAAAAGUGAACUUGGCAAAUGAGAAAUAUAUAUGCUACAUAGUACAACAAUGUAAGUUUUAUGCAUAUAUUUACUGCUUGACAGCUGAGUAAAUUGCUUAAGAAAAACUCAAAUUUACAGGUUUUGACAAUAGGCUUUAUUGAGCCUCUAACAAAUGGCCUGAAUUAUGUUAUAUCACAUUUUGUCAGGGUGGUUGUGAUUCCAUAGAAAAGAAAGAUAAUGUUUGAUUACCAGAUUAUGAAUUAAAUUGGUUUUCAAUUUUUCAGAGGAAAAUGACUUGGGCAAUUACUCAUUACCCAAAACGGAUGGAAACCUAGAACUCUUCACUAGUUUUUUUUUUAUUUCUUUGUUUGGCUAUUAUUGGGCCUAAAUUGCUAUGUCAGGAAAAGUGUUACACAUAAUCUGAAUGCAGAUUGAAUUGAAAAGCUGUGCCAAAAUUAAGCGGGAAAGAAAAUAUGGCAAAAACUUUUCUAAAACUGUAUAUUUUUAUAAAUUCAAGCUUGAAGGAAAGAUGUUAUUAUUUCUGUGAUAGAAGUGAAUAAAAUAAAUGCAUAAUCAGAAAAUCAUAAAGUUUGUGUAAAAAUCUAUGGAAUCACAAUACUUAAAUACAACAUGACAUGUUCUGAGGCCGGUGAAAAGCAAAGAAAGCCAAUUGGAGCAUGGUAGGUCCGUGAUUGGAGCUACAUAUAUUCUUAAGCAAGUACUCGGUUGGUAAGCAGUGAAUUGCAUUGCUGUGUUUAGUAGUUUAUAAGCUUUCAAUUGGUGUAUGUUUUGUUAAAAUCACUUUUGUGUCCGAUCUUGGUCUUUAAAAAUGAGAGAGGUAUGUACAAGUAUUUGAGAAGAGUGUUGUGGGAUUACAUAGAAAAUUAGGUAUGCCCAGUUUUAUCAUUUUUAACUAAUGGAUUUCAUAAUGUGUAAUUGAAUCAUCUUGGAUUUUUUAUCAGUUUUGUAAUCAAUAUUUUCCCAUAAUAUUGUGCCUUUAGUAUUAAUAACACAACAAAUCAAUGAUAACAUAGUUUUGUAUUCUUCUAUUAUAGAUACAUAAUACAUGUAAAUGUAGGCUUAUAAUUGUCACCUAUUAUGAAUAUCAACAUUUGUUUUAAUGCUAUGUAUUUAGAUUUUGUACUUUUGCACAUGAGAAAAUCAUAGUUUAUUUCAUUUUCAUCAUGUUUUGACUUUCCAUCUUAAAAAAAAAAAUUAUUUGGGAUGAUUUGGAAAGUCUGUAGGACAUAUGUAAAUGUAUUUGAUUUUGUUUGUAAUUGGUUAUGUGUCAACUUGCAAAUGCAUGAUCAAUUUUGUGUUCAAGGCAUCAUUAUUGAGCUGUUACUAGGUACAUUAUAAUGGCUGUAAGCAUGGGGUGGGAGGGGGGGGGGCAGAGGAGAAAAAAAGACCCAAGAAAUUUCAAUAACUCCCAAGUUUUCACAGUUUCUACCCAAAUUUUCUACAGACCCUUAAAUUUAUUUUAGUUAUAAAGAACACCCCUGUGAUCAGGUCUGUUGCUUCUUUAGAAGUAUGAAUUUAAAUUUCAACAUUUUUUUAUGACUGGGAUAAUUAUGUCUGGAAUCCAAUUCAAGAUACUUUUAAACACUAAUAUCUAGUUGCCUAUUAAAGCAAAGAUGCUAUGUGCUUACAUUCUCAACGUAGCCCAAAUGGAGAUGAAAUGAUCUUUAAUAUUCAUAGUUUAUUUGACAAGUGAAUGUUGAUGAUGUGUGUGACAGACAAGUAUUCAAUAUACAUUAUAGAAAACUUCAUUGUUUAAGAAUCCGUUGAACUAUUGCUUAUGCAGUUAUGAUUAUGAGCUAUAUGAUGAUUAUAAUGUGUAUAUAAAAAUUAUAUGUACUUUUUUUCAUUUUUAGAAAAGGCUCAAGUUGGUUUAAGAAAAUGAAAAUACAUAUAUGCAAUGUAUAUUUUGUAGCCCAUGUUUUCUUCACUCUAGUACUUAAUAAAGUGAAAUUAAACCCCAGUUUAAAAUUUGGGGAAUAGCUGUGCUAAAUAUUGUUCUUUGUGUUAACUGUGCUCUGAGUUCCAGCUUUUAUAGUUAAGGAAAAUAGUCAUACAGUAUUACAAACCAUUCCUCAGCUUUUAGUUUUCUUCCCCAGAAUCUUGAUAAGUUUAAAAUCUGUUUUGUUAUUUUGUGGGGGGAGGAAUUGAUGUCACAUUUGGCUACCUUUAAUUGGUCUAGCAAUUUCAAAUCAUUUAACUUAUCCUAGUAAGCUUUCAUAUCACUCAGUGAAUAUUGUAUGAAUGGGUACAAUAUUUUAUACUGUUCUUUUUAUUGUAUUUUUGCACUGCUGGCAAAUUUUAAAGAAAAUAUUUUGUUGUCAAUGAAAAUUAAAAAUGAAAAUCUACAUAUUAAUAUGGAUCCUAAAUUGAAGUAACGAAUGUGUAAAUUUCAUUUAUGUAUAAAACUAUGAAAGGGACCAUCCUUGAAAAUUUUAUGUUGAAUUAUAUACAUAUGUUUAUAUAUUUAUAAUUUUUCUUAGGUAAUUUUAUCCCCACAUGCACAAGUGCAAGCUGUUAUAGUUUCUUUUAAGUAACUGGGGAUGUUAAAAAAGGGAGAAGUGGGAGAGUAAAUGUCUUCUUUUAAAUGAGAGAAAAAAGGUAUCCUGUUUUGGUUUGUGGGGUGUAUAUUUUUACUCAAAACAUGAAAUAAUGUUUAGCCUCCUUUUGGGAGUCAAGUGUUUGAAUUCGCUGUCUUUUGUGAACAAUUGAUAAAACUUCAUGAUACUGAACUGAAUAGGUUAAGAUGAAUAUAUAUCAGAUGUAAUUAUCAUAUGUAUUAUAUUGGGGGGGGGGGGGAGCUCUCAGUAAUAUGUGAUAAUACAAGCUGUGUUGAUGUAUUCUAUAAGUGGCUAGUUGUACUUUGAAAUUUACCAUUUGUUUUCUAGAUUUUAUGCACCAAAGAUCCAAGUAAUAAAACAGAUUCAUAUAUGAUCUUUUGUACAAAAUGGAAGAAA